GGGGUCAGAGGGAUCAGGGUUCAAGGACGAGGUUAGUCUCUUGAUCUGGGCUGAGGGAGGAUCCGGGAAGACCACAGAUGACAGGCAGAGAGGGAUUGCCACUCCAGGAGUCUCCCUGAAAUCACCCCUGCUUUUUGGGGGGGUUCGGUGGGGGUUGCCCUUGCAGCUCGGACUUCAGGCACAUAUGGAAGACACGGAGCGUGGAGCAUGUGCAAUUCCUGCCCUUUCUCACCACGGACAUCAACCAUUGCCACCCCUCCACCUCCGCAGCACCCUGAGCUGGCUGAGCUACGGGGCCCUGAAGGGAGACUGGACGGUGAUCGUGGUGAACGCCGUGGGCACUGCCCUGCAGACCCUCUACGUCCUGAUGUAUCUGCACUUCUGCCCCCGGAAGCGCACUGUACUCCUUCAGACUGUAACCCUGCUGGGCUUCUCGCUCCUGGCUUUCAGCUACUUUUGGCUGCUAGUGCCUGAGGAAGAGCAGCUGCAGCAGCUGGGCCUCUUCUGCUGUGUCUGUACCAUCUUCAUGUACCUCUCACCAAUGGCUGGAUUGGCCAAGAUCAUUCACACUAAGUCCACACAAGGCCUUUCUUGGCCACUCACUAUUGCUUCCCUCCUCUCUUCUGCCUCCUGGACCUACUAUGGGCUCCAUUUCCAGGACCCCUACAUUACAGUGCCCAACUUUCCAGGAAUUCUCACCAGCCUUCUUCGCCUCUGGCUCUUUUGGAAGUACCCACAGGACAGAGACAGGAGCUACGAGCUCUUGCAAUCCUGAUGCAGUUCAUGUGCCCACUAGACACCUUAAUGCCAAAGAGAAUGCUUGUUCGAA